GCAGCAUCACAUAGGAUUGCUUUAAAGACUGAUAUUUAUAUCACCAAAAUUACAUAGAAACCAACUAUGACUUACAUGUGCAAAAUCAAAACAAACUGAAUUAUUUUCUUUAAAUAAGGACUGAAAAGGUUUAAUUAUAGUAAAAAUGCAGUGCUAUUACGAGCUAUUAGAAGUAGAAAGGAAUUCAGACGAUGACACAAUCAAGAAGAAUUAUAGAAAGCUCGCAUUAAGAUUCCAUCCAGACAAAAACAUUGAUAAUGAAGAUGAAGCUAAGAAAAAGUUUCAAUUGAUCCAGCAAGCUUAUGAAGUGCUGUCUGAUCCACAAGAGAGGGCAUGGUACGAUAAGCACAGAGAUCAGAUUUUGAAAGGAAGACAGUCAAAUUACGAAGAUGAGUCACUGGAUGUUUAUCAAUAUUUCAAUUCAUCAUGCUAUAAAGGUUUUAAUGACAGUAAAGAAGGUUUCUAUACUGUGUAUAGAAUAGUUUUCGAGAAAAUUGCAGCUGAGGAUUCUGAAUAUCAUUUAGAAGAAGACGAUUUUCUUAAUAUUCCAAUGUUUGGAAAUUCAUCAAGUAGUUUUGAUGAUGUAAUUAAAUUCUAUGGACACUGGGAGAGUUAUUCUACAAAGAAAUCAUAUUCAUGGCUGUUUACACAUGAUGUCAAUGAAAUUCGUGAUCGUCGUGUGCUGAAAUUAAUCGAUAAGGAACAUAAGAAAAUCCAACAGAAAGCUAGAAAAGAAAGAAAUGACGAAGUUAAAUCAUUAGUGUUGUUUGUAAAGAAACGUGAUAAGAGAAUGGCUGAAUAUAGAAAAAUGCUGGAAGAAAAAGCUGCUCACAAUCGUCUCAAAAGUCAACAGAAUCGAUUAGACCAAAUUAGAAAGAGAACUGACGAAAUCAGAGAGCAACAAAGGAACUCAAAAGUCCACAAAGAUCAACAGGACCAGCUCAAAAAAUUAGAAGAAGAAUAUUUGAAUCAAUUCUCAGACAGUGAAUAUUCUGACGACGAAAACGAGCAAGAUUUAGAUGAUGUCGAGGGAAUCGAAAAUGAUAUCGAUGAAUGUCAGUUAAACUCUGAUGAAUUCGAGGAAGAAUUUGACGAGGAACUAUACUGUAUAGCAUGUAAUAAAAGUUUUAAGAAUGAAGGAGCCAAAAGCAAUCAUGACGCUUCAAAGAAGCAUAAACAGAAUGUUGAAAAGCUGAAAAAGGAAAUGAAUUCUGAGGAAGAAAGUUAUCAAAAGGCUGUAAAUGGAAAUAAGGAUUUAGAAGUUUCUGCUGAUGAGUCAGAGGAAGCAGCAACAACAUCAAAGUCCAAAAUCAAAAAGUCGAAGAAAAAGAAGUCAAAGAAAUUUCAAAAUGUCGAGGAACCAGUUAAGUCAGAGAGUGAGCAUGAUGAUAUUCAGGUUGAAGCUGUACAGGAAAAUCCAGAGCCUAUAGAAUUACUUAAUAAGAGUGAUAGCGACGAUGAUGACUGGUCUAGCAAUAAAAAAAGCAAGAAAGUAAAGUCAAAAAGCAAGAAAGAGAAAAAGGAACCCAAAAAGGAAGUAAAAGAACUAGUCGUAGAGCCACAAAAGGAUUUAAAGACUGAUCCAAUUGAACCUGAAGAUAUAAUUUAUCGCUGUGCAACCUGUAAGCAGGUAUUUCAGUCCAAAAAUAAAUUAUUUACUCAUCUCAAGAGUACAGGACAUAGUGUCCAUUUAGGGGAAGUAAAGCAUAAGCUAGCUGAAAAGGUUGGGUCGAAAAAGAAGAAAUAAUUUAAGUAAAAUGUAAAAAUAAAUGAAAUUAAACUUUAUUAAUGUAACGAUUUUCAUAAAAUAUUGCAGAAUCUAGUUUCGUACUUCUUUUGAGAAUAG